UCAGGGCCCGGGGCGGGUGCGGGUCCCGCGCGGCGGCCGGGGCUUGGCCCAGCUCCGCGGCCUGGGCGCGGCGUCCGCGGCGGCUUACGGCGAGCUCGGAGCUGCAGCCGGCUUCGGGCGCGCCGCAGGUGACCUUGGGACAGUGGUUUCCGUGGCUCCCGGCGUAGGGCCGGGCCGGGGCGUGGCCUGGGGAGACUCGCUGCGGGUCCUGCCUCCGGCCGCGCUUCUGCGGGUACACGGCUCCCAGGUGGCACCGGCGGCUGCAGCGCCUGGAGUUUCUGGACAUCUCCCCGAGAACUGCCAUGUCUGGGAAUCCUGCACUCUCCCCAGAACAAAACAACAACAGCUAUGAGCCCAAGCCCUCCAGCUUCCGCAUGUCUGAGAAGAAAUGCUCCUGGGCCUCCUACAUGACCAACUCUCCAACACUCAUUGUCAUGAUUGGCCUGCCAGCCCGUGGCAAAACCUACGUGUCCAAGAAACUCACCCGUUAUCUCAACUGGAUUGGGGUGCCCACCAAAGUGUUUAACCUUGGCGUGUACAGACGCGAGGCGGUCAAGUCCUAUAAGUCCUAUGACUUCUUCCGGCAUGACAAUGAGGAGGCCAUGAAGAUCCGCAGGCAGUGUGCCCUGGUCGCCCUGGAAGACGUGAAAGCGUACCUCACCGAGGACAGCGGGCAGAUCGCGGUAUUCGAUGCCACCAACACCACUCGGGAACGGAGAGACAUGAUUCUAAACUUUGCCAAGGAGAAUUCCUUCAAGGUGUUCUUCGUGGAAUCUGUCUGUGAUGAUCCAGAUGUCAUUGCGGCCAACAUCUUGGAAGUGAAGGUAUCGAGCCCGGACUACCCUGAAAGGAACCGAGAGAAUGUGAUGGAAGAUUUCCUGAAGAGAAUUGAGUGCUACCAGGUCACCUACCGACCCCUGGACCCCGACAGCUAUGACAAGGAUCUUUCCUUCAUCAAGGUGAUCAACGUGGGCCAGAGGUUCCUUGUGAACCGGGUGCAGGACUACAUCCAGAGCAAGAUCGUGUACUACCUCAUGAACAUCCACGUGCAGCCCCGUACCAUUUACCUGUGCCGCCACGGCGAGAGCGAAUUCAAUCUCCUAGGGAAGAUCGGGGGCGACUCAGGCCUCUCUGUGCGGGGAAAGCAGUUUUCCCAGGCUCUGAGGCAGUUUCUGGAGGAACAGGAGAUAGCAGACCUGAAGGUGUGGACGAGCCAGUUGAAAAGGACCAUCCAGACGGCAGAGGCCCUGGGGGUCACCUACGAGCAGUGGAAGAUUCUCAACGAGAUCGAUGCCGGUGUGUGUGAGGAGAUGACGUACGCGGAGAUCAAAACGGAGCACCCGGAGGAGUUUGCACUACGAGACCAGGAGAAGUACUUGUAUCGCUACCCUGGCGGGGAGUCGUACCAGGACCUGGUGCAGCGGCUGGAGCCUGCCAUCAUGGAGCUGGAGCGGCAGGGCAACGUCCUCGUCAUCUGCCACCAGGCUGUCAUGCGCUGCCUUCUGGCGUACUUCCUGGACAAGGGUGCAGGAGAGCUGCCCUACUUGAGGUGCCCUCUGCAUACCAUCUUCAAACUCACUCCAGUGGCUUAUGGCUGCAAAGUGGAAACAAUCAAACUCAACGUGGAGGCUGUGGACACUCACCGUGACAAGCCAGCUGCAGAUGCCGUCCUGGCCAUACACAGACACUCCUCCACAGCGUCCCUCCUGUCGCUGUCCUGAUGGUAUGGAGGCUGAGGCCAGACCUCCUGUGGGAGAGCCUGAACUGUCAGCUCCACUGUAGCACGAGCCAAGAGCCAAGUAGGCACUGGACAUUUGGGGGCAUAAAGGCGAGUCCUGGAAGAGCAUGACCACAUCCCGCCCCCUCUUGGAACCAACCUGACUUUGCUGUGCCUCGGGAUGUCUGGCUACCUACAGCUCACUGUGAUCACCUGUGCUGGACCUGGCUCGGUGGCCAAGUUGCUCCUCCCUGACAGUUCCCACCUGCCGGGAUGGCUUCCCAGAUGCCUGUUCUCCAUCUCCAGUAUGAAUGCGCCUCUUCAGGAUUGUUUCCCAGCACGGAGCCCAGCAGUGUGGUCAGCUGGAACAGAAAGCACAUGUGUUGGCAACUGCCACAUAGAUUCGUAAAAAAGAACAGGUCCAUGGUGGGUCCCUGAGGGAUUCGACUUCUAUGACAUCUGGCCUGUUUGGUGCUCAUGGGAGAGCCAUGUCUGUAGCAACUUUUCAUUGAGUUUUUCUUGUUUCAGGCCCCUUGAGGCCGGGAUUUGACGACUGGUGGUAAAUGUCUCCAUAUUCAUGUCCACGUCUUCCCUCUCAUCCUGUGCCCUGGUGGCUGGGCCGGGUAACCUUUUUGUACUUGCGGAAGGAGACCUGGAGGGGAAAGCAGACGUCCUUGCCAUCAUGUGAAGAAGCCAGGAGCAUCCUCGGGCUUCCAGCUAUGGACAGAGAUACCCUCUGUGUGGGGCCAGAGACAUGAGAGCCGUGCAGUGCCUUCAAGAGCUCGUUGUCCUCUGCUUUUUUUAUUUUUCUCAAGUACCUCGAAAUCAGAAUAAGUAAGGAGGUAAAUGUCUUGUACAAAGAAAACUACAAAACGCUACUUCAAGAAAUAAAAGAGAACACAAGGAAAUGGAAACACAUUCCCUGCUCAUGUGUUUUGGAACAAAAUUAGAUCCGCAGACCAAUGGGAUUGGGUUGAAUAUCCUGACACACACCCUCAAGUAUGUGGUCAUCUAACCUUUGAUAAGCAAACGAGAAAUAUAAAGUGUAGCAAGAAAAGCCUCUUUGACAAAUGGCGCUGACCAAACUGGACAGCUCAAGCAAAAAAAAAAUGGCCUCAGACCUCUACCUAAUACCAUGAACAGAAGUCAGAUCAAAAUGAAUUAAGAUGUCAACAUCAGACCAGAAUCCAUAAGGUACAUUGAAGAAAAGGUUGGCAAAACCCUCCACAACAUUGAAGAUAAAGGUAUCUUCAAAGAUGAAAUGCCACUGACCAAGCAAGUGGAAAACAGAUAAACAAAUGGGACUAUCUUAAACUAAGAAGCUUCUGCACCUUAAAAGAAACAGUGAUGAGGAUACAAAGACAGUCUAUGGAAUGGGAAAGGAUAUUCACCCAAUACCCUUCUAAUAAGGGGUUAAUAUGAAGGAUAUACAAGGUACUGGUUGAACUCUACAAGAGAAAAACACCCAUUCCCAUCAGAAAAAUGGGUUAAUGAAAUGAACAGAAACUUUAUCAAAGGAGAAAUUCGAAUGGCCAAAAGGCACAUGAGAAAUGCUCUUCAUCGCAAACAAUCAGAGAGAUGCAGAUCAAAACAACAAUGAGAUAUCUCACAGCACAGAGACUAGCAUCCACAAGAACAAAAGCAUUGGGUGUUUGCGUGUAUGUUGGGAGAAAAGGACUCUUUCACCGUUGUAAUGCUGAUUGGCCCAGCCUUUUUGGAAAACAAUAUGGAUGUUUCUCAAAAAACUAGAAACUAAGCUCCCGUUUGACCCAGUAAUACCAUUUCUGAAGAUAUACCCUGAGGGUCUUCUGCUUCUUGACUUGUCAUUCUGAGGCUACUGUCUCCCACGUGAAACUUUGGAGCAGUUUGCCAGGCCCCAGUGUGUUCUUCAGGCUCAGCCAGCAGAUUGUUCUCCAGCCAGUGACUGUCUAAGCAUGUGAUUCUUGCAUCUAGCCCUGGAGGAAGUGUGAGAGCUCUGAAGGACACCUCUGUUUUUGAAAAAAAUAGUAAUUUUAGCUUUUAAAGCUUUCAGUUUCCCACUUGCUGAGUAAGAGGCUGAGGAGCUUUCCCGAAUGAUUCUUAGACUAUAGCCAAACCUUGGGUCACUGCUUGGGUCCCUGCCUCAGAUGUGUGCAGCUGGGCUGCAGGCAGUUCAGCAAGAGGAACCAGGUCUUGCUUUCCCUAUCCACUGAGCUCCCCUAGACAGAUCCACGCACAUUGCUCCCCAGUGUACUCAUGCACAGAUCUCCCCAGGAUGGACCCACACACAGCUUUCCCAGACAGACUCCUGCACAGAGGGCCAAGGGGACCCACACCAGGAGCUCCAGACACAGCCAUGCACAGAUUGACUCGUGUACAGAACUCCAGACGGUCCCAUGGCAUGGGGCUUUGCGUCUGCACUGCAGUGAUGCUGCUUGGGAUCAUGGGGACCAUCUCCUACUGAUCACAGGCUGUUUAUGUUAUUUAUUCACUUGUCUGAAACAUUUUUAAGUCCCCAUAGUUGUGUUUGCAUGUGUUUAAUCAGACUGUAAAGUAAGUACUGUUGUCAGGUUUGUUGUUUUGUUUUGGGGUUUUUUGUAGACACUUAGGUAGCUCAAACUUGUAAGUCUAAUGUUCUGUGUGAAAUUAAAAUUUCAGAAUAUUGGUUUUUGUCUUCUGUAAAAGGGUAAUAACUUUUACGGCACAGUGGAUUUCUUUUGGAUACUUUUUUAUCUGUUGAUUUUUAUUAUAAAAGUAAAUCAAGAGUUGAAAUUCUCUGGAGAAAAGUUUAUCUUCUAGAUAAAAGUUUGCUAGACUAUGUGAAGAAUGUGCAUUGCUUUUGUAAUAAAUACAGUAAAGGUUAUUUUUAAUUAAAAAGUUUUAAAAAUCAAACAAAAGAUUAUUUCAUACAUCAUAUAAGCACAAAAUGUGAAUAGCCUUGUAAAAAUUGUGCUUGAAGCUAGCUUCUUUAAAAUUAUUCCCCAUUUAUUAAAUGGCAAUUAUUAAAUGGAUGUUCUAG